CGCAAGGUGCGCGCUGCUGCCGUGCUCGCCCGUCUCGGCGCGCCGCUCCCUACGGCCGCCCCGCGCACGGCAGCCCGGUGCGCGCCGCCUUCCCGCCCGCCGGGCCAUGGACUCGGACGCCAGCCUGGUCUCCAGCCGCCCGUCCUCCCCGGAGCCCGAUGACCUCUUCCUCACGGCCAGGAAUAAAGGCAGCGGCGGGGGCUUCACGGGCGGCACCGUGUCCAGCUCCACGCAGAGUGACUCCCCGCCGGAGCUGAGCGCCGAGCUGCGCAGCGCCAUGAGCGCUGCAGGGGUGGUGGUGGUGGACAAGUUGGGCUUCAAGUCCUCGUCGUCCUCCUCCUCCUCGUCCUCCUCCUCCUCCUCCAAGAAGGACAAGAAGCAGAUGACGGAGCCGGAGCUGCAGCAGCUGCGGCUGAAGAUCAACAGCCGGGAGCGCAAGCGGAUGCACGACCUGAACAUCGCCAUGGACGGGCUGCGGGAGGUGAUGCCCUACGCCCACGGCCCGUCGGUGCGCAAGCUCUCCAAGAUCGCCACGCUGCUCCUGGCGCGCAACUACAUCCUCAUGCUCACCAACUCCCUGGAGGAGAUGAAGCGCCUGGUCAGCGAGAUCUACGGCGGGCACCACGCUGGCUUCCACCCCGCCGCCUGCCCCGGCGGCAUGGGUGCCCACUCCGCCCCGCUGCCCGGCCACCCGGGCCACCCCGCCUCACACCCCGUACACCACCCCAUCCUGCCCCCCGCCGCCGUCUCCAGCGCCUCCCUGCCCGGCUCCGGCCUCUCGGCCGUCAGCUCCAUCCGCCCCCCCCACGGGCUCCUCAAGUCGCCCUCGGCUGCCGCCGCCGCCGCCGCCCCGCUGGGCAGCGGCUUCCAGCACUGGGGGGGGAUGCCCUGCCCCUGCAGCAUGUGCCAGGUGUCGGCCCCGCCACACCACCACGUCUCCGGCAUGGGCACCGCCAGCCUCCCCAGAUUAGCCACCGACACCAAAUGAGCCCCUCGGCGGGGCCGCCCCGCCGCGCCCCGCGCCGCUCCGCCACCUUCAGGACCUACAAACGCGCCCCUCCGGCGGCAGCCCCCCUCCCCCCACCCCGGCCCCGCUCCCGGGGC